AUGGCAGAAGACAUGAUCCAGAAGGUUGUCUCCACUUUGAGAGCCAACCCUGCUUUGACAGGCCUCAUUACAACGGCAGCCGUUGGUGUCGCAUGGACUGUGAAUGAUUUCCUGGAAUGGAAGUCAUUUGGCACUGGUGGAACGCCGCCGACUUGGGCCGGGUACUGGAAGAUUACCAAGCUGCGCGUUAACGCACUUCUCCGCGGAGAUGACCUCCUAGAUACAUCUGUCUUGAGCAGGUCUGGCCCAGGCUACCUCGUCAACCUGCCCAGACGUUCUGGCUCACGCCCCAAGCUGAUGCCCCGCAUCCUGCCCCAGAGACAGGUCCCCGAGCAGAUGCUUUCAACGGCUUCACGCACGCAGCUGCACGCACUCGUCACCAGCAUCGCUGCCUCUCGGCCUGACCUGUUCGAGAUAAAGCCUUCCCAUACAGAGGGAAAGACCACCGAGGGUUUGUAUGCGCGCAAAGACGUCGAGACACUCAACCCUAUUGCUCGAGACCCGGUUCUGGAUCACGAGAUCGCCCACUCGCAUCCUGCUGAGGACAGCCUUCAUGUCUGGCUGUCGGAUCGUGAUGCAAUAGAUGUCAUUGAGAAGGGCUGGGGCCAACGGUUCUGCUUGCCGUUUGUGAAGAGCGGGUGGACGAUGGUGUAUGCUCCGAGAAACCUGGAGGAAGUCCAAGUUGUUGAGUCUAUUGUAAAGGCAGGAGCGAGCUUCAUCACGGGGACUGAAGUCUAG